AUGAGCGACAACAAGGACAACAUCACGGGCCCGGAGGAGGCACAGGUGCAAGCCGACGCACCUGUCAAGUUGUCGACUCCACAAUGGGCCGGUCUCAGAAGAGUGCCGGACAAACUCCCGACUGUGGCUUUGUUGAUCUUGAUUGUUGAGCUUGGGGAGCGGUUCACAUAUUUUGGACUGAGUGGACCGAUUCAGAACUAUAUCAACAACCCCUAUGAUCCAAGCUCCGAUCUCCCAGGCGCCCUUGGCCGUGGCCAAGCUGUGGCAACAGCACUGGGAAACUUCUUCAAGUUCUGGGCAUACGCAUCGACGGUAAUUGGUGCUGUGAUCGCAGACCAGUACAUCGGAAAGUUCAAAACCAUACUCGUCGCCUGUUCCGUAUACAUCGUUGGCUUGGUAGUUCUUGUUGCUACCGCCACGCCGAAGUCGAUAACCAGCGGAGCCGGCUUCGGGGGCUUGAUCGCCGCCAUGGUUCUCAUUGGCCUUGGCACAGGUUCCAUCAAAGCGAAUGUGACGCCGAUGUGUGCUGAGCAAUACCGAAACUCGCAUCCCAUCGUGAGGACGUUGAAGUCGGGCGAGGAGGUGUUGGUUGAUCCGGAGCUCACUGUUCAACGGAUGUUCAUGUGGUUCUACUGGGUCGUCAACAUCGGCGCGUUAUCGCCUUUGAUUACCGUCAACGUUGAGGCUCACCACUCAUUCUGGCUGGCGUAUCUUAUUCCGCUCAUUGCUAUUAUCAUCUCUGCCGGAGUCUUCAUUUCAGGGCAGAAGAAAUAUGUUAAGGUCCCGCCAGAGGGCUCUGCCAUCGUGGACGCUUUCCGCGUUACCAGUAUCGCAAUCAAAGAGAAGGGAUUCGAAAACGCCACUCCUUCGGCACUCAGAGAAAGUGGACAUGACGGGAGGUACGCAAUUGCCAGAGAAGAAAGGUUCACGAACGAGUACGUCAUGGACGUGAUGCGAGGGCUCAACAGUUGCAAGAUGUUCCUAUUCUUCCCGCUCUACUUCGUUUGCUGGAUUCAGAUUUGGAACAACUUGAUCUCGCAAGCUGGCGAGAUGGCUUUGCACGGCACCCCCAAUGACCUGCUGCAAAACCUGGACCCCAUUGCAUUGUGCAUCUUUAUCCCGUUUCUUGACAUCGUGGUCUACCCGUUAUUCCGCAAAUAUCGCGUCAACUUCGACCCCGUCACCAGAAUCUUCGUCGGCUUCAUGUUCGCGUCCAUCUCGAUGGUCUACGCCAGCGUUCUGCAGCAUUACAUCUACAACUCGCCCCCGAACAGCAUCCACGUCUGGAUCCAAGCCCCGGCUUACAUCCUCGUGGCGUUCUCGGAGGCGUUCAUCAUCGUCACCGGCUUGGAGCUAGCCUUCACCCACGCCCCGAAGAACCUCCGAUCGGUCGUCUCUGCUCUUUUCUGGUUGACCAUUGGCGUCUCGGCGGCUAUUUGCAUCGCCCUCGCGCCAGUCUCUCAAGACCCCUAUCUCGUUUGGAUGUACGGCUCUCUGGGUAUUGUCGGCAUGGAUGACAUGGUGCUUCGAGAUGCUCGAGAUUGUGCCCUCGACGGGGCUUUCGAUGUUCUCCAACCUGAGAAGACACUGGGUGCUGAAGAGCCGGAUCGUGAUGACCGAGUGGGCCACCUGAAGAUUCUGAUAGGAGACGGUUCCGGGAUUGGCGGAACAGGAUACGAGAAGCCGUGGGAUUGUGCGUAUUGUUGGGCUUGGGCAUAUGUGAAUGGGCUUGCCGAGUAA